GCUCUGAUUCACAACAAUAAUGUCGGCCAUCUUCAACUUCCAGUCCCUGCUGACAGUGAUUCUCCUCCCGAUCUGUACCUGUGCCUACAUCAGAGCCAUGGCUCCCAGCCUGCUAGACAAGAACAAGACCGGAAUUCUAGGAAUAUUCUGGAAGUGUGCCAGAAUAGGUGAGCGGAAGAGUCCCUGGGUGCGGGCCUGCUGUAUCAUCAUGGCUUUUAGUAUACUGUUUCUACAGUAGCAGUCCAAAGCAAACCACACAUGGAAACACUGGGAGGGGGGAAAUGGACAACAAAACAUGGACAGUACGAUCCUAGAAGCACAACAGGACCUCCAGUAGUUGUCACUUUGAUAAUGUAAAAACAG